GACCUCCGCGCCGUCCUGAGACGCACGGCCGCCUUCCUGGGCGUCGAGAUCCCCGCCGGCCGGGAGGACGCCGCGCUCGACCACCUGAGCUUCGCGUCCAUGAAGAACAACCCGAUGGUGAACCUGCAAGAGUUCAUCAAGCCCAAGGCUCAGGGGGACGCGUUCAUCCGGCAGGGCGAGGCCGGGGCCUGGCGGCGGCGGCUCACGCCCGAGCAGACGGCCAGGAUGAGCGCCUGGUGUGCGCGCGCGCUCGAGGGCUCCGACUACCCGCACUUCAGGGAGUAGGGCGGGGGCACGGAGUCUGUGCGAGAACUGAAUCUGUGAUGCCUGACUGCAGUUGAUUAACUGAACCUCCUGACCAAAAAGAUCCGAAAAAAACAAACAAAAACACGUAUCUGAUGUUAUUUUUACCAGAUGAUACCUUAAAAAACUUAAGUACAUGCAAAGAUAAUGUGAAGGCGUCUUUAUUGUGCUUUAUCUUAAAGACAACGCUUACAUUUUGAAUGAUUUGGCGCUGUCGUUUGAGAACGAUCAUUACAUUUUGUUGCAUUUAGGAACUGUUUGAAAAGUCAUCCGUUGUGUUGUUACUUGCUAUUUUUAAAGCCUUUUACAUAUGGAAUAUAUUACUCAAAAACCACAUCUA